AUGGCAAAUAUAAACAGUAAGAAAUGGUUUACAGAUAAUGACUACACAUGGUAUGAGAAACUAGGAAUAAAAAUUUUAAAUGCUGGUGGUAAUAUGCCAAAGCAUGUUGGUUUUAUAACAGAUGGAAAUCGUCGUUCAAGAAAACAAUACAAUAUAAGCCAAAGAGAAAUGCAUUUAAGAGGUUUUAUAUUAAUGACUAAGUUUAUGAAAUUAUGUCGUGAUUUCAAAAUUGAAGAAAUUUCAUAUUUUAGUUUCAGUAUAGAAAAUUUUAAAAGAUCAUUAGAUAUGAACCAAUCCAUUUUCGAUGUUGGAACUGAAUUAUUUAAUUGUGUACCUAUUGAAAAAGAAAAAUUUGAUGAAAUGGGUGUAUGCUUACGUGUUAUCGGCAAUAUAAGUCUUCUACCACUCGAUUUCCAACAAUCAAUAAAAGAUGCUGUAAAAGCCACAGAGCAUAACAAACAACUUAUUGUUAAUAUAGUUUUAUCAUAUACGUCCCAUGAUGAAAUUACUCAUGCAAUUGGAACAAUAUUAAAGCAAGACGGGGAACUGAAAGACGAGGACAUAAAUGAAAAACUACUAGAACAGAAUUUAUACAUUUCAAAACCUUUGGACAUGAUCGUAAGAACUUCAGGAGAAACUCGUUUAAGCGAUUUCUUAAUGUGGCAGCAAAAAAAUUGCGUAAUCCACUUUAAUAAAGCACUUUGGCCCCAAUUAACAUAUACGGACUUUUUCAAUUAUCUUCUAUUAUAUCAGCGAAGACAGCAUAAAUUCCAAAAUCAUUAAAUGGAUAGCAAUAAUUGCGAAUUAUGAAUGUUAAAAAAUAAUGAGCUGUAUUCAUGCUUAUUAAAGUAUUGUUUAAGUUUCUUUUAACUAUAAGAAAAAAUAUGGGAUAACAUUUUUUAACGGACUUUGGUCACAUUUUACAGCUCUGAACUUCUUGUGCUCAUUUGCACAUGGUUUUUUGUCAAAUAAAAUAAAUUUAUAACUACAAAUAAUUAA